UAAAUAUAUCAACAAAUAUAAAAAUGGACUCUGGUGGUCUGUUGGGGAGCCAAAAAUAGCACAACCUCUUUAGCAAUUGGGCGAGGAGGGAGGCAGGGAGCCCAGGCCAAAGAAAUACAGUAACCUAGCUCACAAUCACAUGGAUAAAAAUGAAAAACUCAAAUGGACAAAUUAGUAAAAAGUCCCGUUAGCCUACACAUAUUUCCUCUUCUUCCUACAAAUUAGCAAGUAUAUAAUGGCUGGAUCCCGUAAGAGAAAUUUUGGUCGUAUUAAGGAAGAUAGAAUUAGCGCGCUGCCUCAGAACAUUCUGGAAAUUAUUCUGUGUUGCAUGCCUAUACGAGACGCAGUGAGAACCAGCGUCCUAUCUAGAAAUUGGAGGCAUUGCUGGACUACGAUUCCAAAUCUAGCGUUCGAUGAUGACAUCUUUUGUUCAGUGUCGUAUAAUUGCAGUAAAUGUCAUGGUCGGGAAGUAAACGCUGUUAAAUUUUUUAGUGUCAUAAAUAGAGUUCUCCUACUCCACAAUGGUCCCAUUCUCAAAUUUUUCCUCAGUGUUCCUAGAGUUUGCGAUGAUCAGAUAAUCCAUGAUUAUAGUGGAUUCCGUUAUUCUUAAAGAAGGGCAUCCAGCAACUUACUCUAGAUGGCUAUGUUCUCGGACAAUUCAUAGCACAUAAUUUCUCUUCUUUGGAUCUGACUCACUUGAGGCUUGCAAAUGUUUGGUUACCCUAUCCACCUGCAUCUGGAGGAUUGACUUAUUUAACAAUUAUCGAGUUAGUUGGAGUCUCUACUGCUGAACAAAGCAUCAUGGAUUGCCCUGUGCUACAGAAGUUGACGUUGUUACAUUGUGAAGGAAUCUUACCUAUCAACUUUAUUGCUGCUAAUCUCAAAUGCCUACAUCAGAGAUGUCUUGAAAUGACUUCAGAAGAUUCCUUAGUUGGAUUCAAAAACCUUACAGAAUUUUCUUACUGGUUGUCAUCUGAACCAGAAAUGCAAACAGAAAUACCUAAUGUGGUUAAGGUUUUCACUAAUUUAUGUAAAAUUGAGAAGGUCUACAUAGCAUACCAUUUUAUUAAGUACUUGGCUGCAGGAGGGUCUCCAAAUAGACUUCCUUACCCACUGGCUUACCUAAAGACUCUAAGUAUCUCUUAUAUGUGUUUUAGUCGUUUGUCUGAUGCCUCUUGUUUGCUUUGUUUGAUACGGAGUGCUCCCAACCUGUGCAAACUAAAUAUCUUGGCAAUGGUUGUGGGUGAAAAAGAGGAUUUUAAUGAUUGUUGGGAUGAAGAUUAUGAGGAAUGUACCGUUGAUCAUCUUGAAAUUGUCACAUUCAGUAAUUUUAAAGGUCACAAAGCUGAGUUGGAAUUUGUGAAAUUUCUACUUGCUCACUCCCCGAGUCCCCGGUGCUUAAAACACUUAAAGGACCCUUUUAAUGCUUUUGAUUAUGGACCUUGGGCUGAAUAUUAUGUAUAGGGCUGAUUCUUCUUUGCACCAGUGGAGGAAUGGGACGAACGCAAAACCAUUUAGCAAAGCUUUUGCUAAAACUUAAAAGUACAUCUUUAUAAUUUAGCCAACAUUUUUCUGUUUUAUGUAUAUCAAGGAGAAAGCCCCUUCGCUUUUGCGUUCUUCUCUCCUUUUUGGCCGAACAAUAUCUAGGACCUUAACAUAUGAUCAGUGCUCCGCUUUGAAAUUUUAUUUUGCAUCUCUUGUGCCCUUCCUA